GUCUCACUUUGCAUCGCUACAGAUUGUUACACAGCCAAACUCUGUGUGGGUCAGUUCCAGAAACAUCCACCUCCAACCUCUUUGCCAUCAAGCUGAAAGGAUACAUUCAACUUCCAGCAGCUCCAGCAGUCACUUCUUGCUCUGCAGCCUGAUCCUCCUCAUCACUGUCACCAUGGUUAUAAAUGAGGAAUAUGAAUGCCCAGUGUGUUUCCAAGCAUACUCGAGGCAAGACCGGAUUCCCAGGGUCCUUCACUGCCAACACACCUUCUGCACCCCCUGUCUGGAUGUCAUGUCCACACUGCAUGGUGGCAUCCGCACUGUCUCUUGCCCGCUGUGUCGCUGGAUUACCUGUACUCGUGUCAGCCUCACCUUAUCCGGGUCCCUGUGGGUCAACACACAGGUUUGGGACCAGAUCUCAACGAAGGAAAAUGACGAGGACAAAGACGCAGCGGACGAGUGCUUGAAGAAUUGCACAGAGAAGCAGCUUCCCAAUGCAAAUUCCCCUGCAUCAAGACACUCUGGUUUUAAAUCCAAACUCCAGAAAUGCCUGAAAAUCAUCAGCUGUGUGGCGGUGCCAAGAGACCAAGUGGAAAGUUGAUAACCUACUGUAUGUGGCAUGAGAAAUGUCAUUAGAGGCUCCCUUUUUCCUCAUGUCGGACUUGAUAGACAUGAAGAAUGUGAAUGUGAAUUGCCAAGAAAGACUGAAUUUACUCGCUUGCAUUGUUAUCUUUAUCUUGCACGAUUGUCUGCUGCAAUGUUGAAGUGACGACCCUGCAAAUCUCUCAUGUUCUCCGUUUGUGUUGUUUCAUAGGUUAAGUGAAGUAGGCCUGUACGGCAUCCUGUGGUUACUGAGUAUUUCUGUUGUUUUCUCAGACAGAACAGUGAGGAAAAGGAAAGUUCAAGUACAGGACGUAAUUGAAGUUGUGUGCAGUAUGAAAGUGUGAAAGAUUAUGGAAAACAACCUGAAAUGAUACCAUCUAAAAUGUGAGGCUCACUUGUGGCAUGCAAAGGCUUGCUUUAUUUAUCUAUUUAA